AUGACGACAGCCCUCCGCAGCUGCGCCCUCACCACGCGCCGCGCCCUCUACCGCGUCUUCGUCUCCCCCCCGGCCGCCGGCCCCCGCGCGGCACAACUCAUCCACAACCGCCGGCUCUUUGCCACGAAGCCGCCCUCCUCCUCGUCCUCCUCCCGCGGUCCGCCUCGCAACCGCCGCGGCCCCGGGCCCGUCCGCACCGACGCCAAUGAGGACCGCGGCUUCGACCGCCGGUUCACCACGCAGCAGGACAUUGACCGCUCUGGGCGUGACCGGCCCCCGCGCGACCACGAGAUCACCGACCCGUACAUUACCGUCGUUGGCGGCGGCUUGCCCCCGUCCUUAUCUUCGUCGUCUUCGUCAGCGCCACCCGACCCCACGGCGUCCCAGCCCACGCGCCUCAUCCUCUCCCGCCUCGGCCCCGACGACUCCCUGCGCAUGGUCCAGCCCUACCUCCCCGCCGACCCAUCCGCCGGCCGCCCCCAGCCGCGCUACGCCGUCUGCAAGAUCGUCAACAAACGCGACGAGUACGCCCGCCAGCGGCAGCUCAAGGAGAAGAAGAACGCCGCCGCCGCCGCCGCCGCCGCUGGAGGGUCAGCUGCAGCAGUGGGAGGAGGCAAGCCCAAGACGAAAGAGCUGGAGCUCACGUGGGCGAUUGGCGCGCACGACCUGGCCACCAAGAUGCGCCAGAUGGGCGGCUUCCUCGCCAAGGGCAUGAAGGUGGAGCUGAUGCUCGCGCGCAAAAAGGGCGGCAAGCAGGUCACGGCCGAGGAGGCCGCCGAUGUAGUGCGCCGCGUGCGCGAGGAGGUGGCCGUGCAUGGAGCUAGGGAGGGCCGCCCGGCGAGCGGGCAGGUGGGCGGCACGAUGCGCAUGUUUCUCGAGGGGAGGGCGGGCAAGUGA